AUGUAUUUUGGCAAUGGAGUGGAUAAAUGGAUAUGGAAAGCUGAUGUUUCAGGGGCAUUCACUGUUUCUUCCAUGAAAUCCAUCAUUCAGGCUUCGAAUGCGGAUGAGGAAGUCGAAGUGUGGGAUUGGAAUCCUUUGGUUCCUAUUAAACUUAACACUUUUGGGUGGAGAUUAUUACUAAACUGGCUUCCGACUGCCGACGUGUUAAGAAAAAGAGGUAUAUUAAUUGGCCCGUCAAUGUGCCCUUUAUGCAAUAUGGCGAACGAAUCUGCGGACCACAUUUUUGCGUCCUGUUACGUGGCUUCGGUGAUCUGGAACGCGGUAAGUAGAUGGUGUGGGUUGGAUCCAAUUGAUGUCUCCUCAGUUCGUGAUAUCUUCGAGAUUCACCGUUCAGCGACCAGCUCAAGUUAUAAACGUCAAGUGAUCCACGCUAUCAUUACGACGACAUGCUGGACAUUAUUGAAAACCCGAAACAACAUCAUCUUCAACAACGGUUCGUUUAAAGUGGAUGGCAUUAAAGGCGAAGUCAAAUCGUCCAGCUUCCUUUGGGUUAAGUAUAAGGCUAAAAGGAUAAAUGUCGAGUGGAAUAGAUGGAUCUCUUUUGAUUUGUAA